AGAAGCAAGCCGGUUAGAAAAGUGUGGUUAGUUUAUUUGUUCUGUAUCUAGCAAUUCUAGCAUUUUCUAUAAUAAUUAUUUAUAAUAUUAAUAUAAUUCUUUAAAAUAUGUCUAAACGAUUACUCUUAGCCCUUGAAUAUCCAAAUGCAGACAAUGUAAAUUUAGAUGAUGAAAACACAUUCAAAUCCAUAAUUAUUUGGUUGGAAACCAAUAAAAUACGAAAAGCUCCAAAUGAUGUGGUAAAUCAAUUAAAGAAUAACAACAGAGACUGGCAUAAUACUUUUUCCAAAUAUAAAGAUGGAAUUGGCUGUCCUCCUUUGAAAAAUCGAACUGAAGAAUUGCAGUGGAUUUUGGGUUAUGCAGUACAGUUGGAAACACAAAAGAAUAAAAACGUUUAUUUGAAACAUGCAGUGGAAAACUUACAAGCCAAGAAUGUUCCAGCUGUAGUUGCAGAGAAUAUAUUGGAUAAAUUAGACUUUCGCAGUCCAGAGUUUGCUGAAGGUAUAAAAGAACUUGCUAAAGUUCUAAAUGUAGUUUGUCAUCCCGAUCCCCUUGUUACACUGAAAGCAGUACGAAAAGUGGUAAUUCAAAGAAUGUCACCAGAUUGUGUUGAACAUCCCGAAAAAUAUGUGUUAAAGGGAACACCCUUUCCUAUUCAAGACGCUGAUCUGGGCUUUGAUUUAAAUGAUCCAGUUUUGAAUCAAGCAGCAAAAAUAUUGAGGAUGAUCUACAUCCAAGAUAUGCGAAAUUUGCAGACGAGAGCUAACGAACUUAUUGUAGCUGUACAAUCUGUUACAGCUAACCCUAAGACGGACACCAAACUAGGAAAAGUUGGUUUCUAAAUAAACAAAUUAACUAAUAAAUAUUUAAUUGAAUAUUGGAAUGAAUAUUUAAUUUAAUAUAUAGGGUGUCCCAAAAGUAGCGGAACAGUUGAAUAUUUCUCGAAAUAAACAUCUAAACACGACGCCCCACUCUGGAGUUGUGGCUAACUCCAGAGGGUGGAGUGGAGGUCGUGUCUGGUGUCAUUUGAUAGAUUUUUGAAAAUUAUUGAACACAUUUUUUUCAAUUUUUUUAUCCAAUGUUCAUUUUGCACAAUAUUCGAACAUUUCGCUGCUUUUUGGGACACACUGUAUAAGAAUUUAUGAAUAAGUUGUGUGUUUUCUAAACGUCUAGUUUUAAUUUCUUAUUUUAUUUACUGAAUACAAUAAAUAUUUAUACAGUCA